AUGGCGAAAAAAGAUUUCGAAAUAAAAAAACUGAAAGAGUUGCUGUCCAAGGAAAGAGAAAACAGUCGAAAAUAUCAACUUGCUUGUGAUGAGCUUUUAGAGUGGAAAAAAGAAUGCGAGGAGCGCGAGAAGUCACGUGCGAAGGUAUACAACGCUGAACUGGCCACGUAUGUAUCUAUACAUAUAAAUAUCAAACAGCAGGUUCAAAGUCUACGUGAUGUAGCAACAAAACGUGAAGAACUAAUCAAUUAUCUUCAACGAAAGAAAAAAGACGUUUGCAACGACAACGAAUCAACGGAACUAUUAAAGACUGAAAAGAAAUUGCAAGAGCUCAAAGAGGAACUUAGACACACAACCCAAAAACUUAGAUUAGAAAAAGAAGGUAGAAAAGAAGACAACAUCAAACAUAAAAAAGAUAUUGAAGCUGUCUGUAACAAGUUCCAAGUCGAAAUAGAAGCUGCAGUAAUGUCAAUUUCAAUGAAGCUAAUAAAAACACAAGACGACUUUACCUUUAAAGAAAAUGAAUUGUUAGAUAAGAUAAGCAAGGCGGAAACGAAAAUUCAGAAACUGAACAAUAUCAGCAAUAAAUAUCAGGAAACACGUCAUGAGCUUGAAACUACCAAUCAACAACACGAAGAAUAUAUUAAAUCUAUGAAUGAAAGAGAACAAUCAAUAGAACAAUUACAGGAAGAAAUAUCGGCAAUACAGAACGAUAACAGAAAUUUAAAGAAAACUGUUAAAGAAUUAAUAUCUAAUUUAGCCAUCGCUUCUGAAGAAAAUAUAAAACUUCAAGAAGAGACUGAAAGUUGGAAGCAACAACUUGAAAUAGUUAAAGUGCACGCAAACACUGAUGUAGUAAAAAAAGAAAGGCAGCUGGAGUUUCGUAUUGAAGAGCAGCGGAACGGUCAUUUAGAAGAAGUAAAACAAAUUCAUUUAAAAUACAAAGAUAGUAUGAAACUGAUAUCCGAUGCUAAUUCGCGCGAACGAAGGGCGGUUGAUUCCGUUAAAGUAUUAGAGGGAAAAUUAAAAUCAUUAGAAGACACGAUUUCAGAUAUGAAGGACGAAUAUGAGCAGCAGAAGCAGGAACUUUUCAAAAACGUGUCUGUUUCGUUGAAUACAAUAAAAGAUUUACAGACCCGCCUCAACAACGCACAAGCUUCUGAAAGAAAUUUGAAUAAACGUUUAAAGGAACGAGAUCAAGAAUUAGAGCGAUUAAACGCGUUCAGUAAAGGUCAAGAUUCAGAAAGAAGGAGAUUCGAAGCAAAAAUAGCAGCAAAUGAAAAUCAACUUCAACAAGCAAAUGAACAACUAGAACAUUUUAACAAAGAAAGACAAAACUUGAAACAGGAGCUUUAUCAGGAAAAAUCAAGAUUGGAGGAAUUAGUUAAAAACUACGAGGCCUCUGUGAAUGACCGAAUAAAAUCUAAGGAUGAUGACUCAUUGUUGUGUCAACUAGAUCAACUUAAAUCAAAAGAAAAGGAAUUAGCCACCGAGAUAAUUCAAGUACACCAACAAUUAAAAAGCAGUAACAUCGAAUUAGAGGAAACUGAAACAAGGCUAAGUAAACUGAUGGGACAAAGAUUAACGGACAACAAUCCAAACAUAACAGACCUUAGUGAUAAGAACCGCCCAACAAAACUUGCGGAACGAUACUCCGAGCUGUAUGACAACGAAUGGGCGGAUGCUUUUGAAGAUCUUAAUGCAAUCUACAAUGAUGAGCAGAAAACUAUUGCAAUGCUGACCGUCAUUCUAAAGGAAGCCGCAUGUUUCUGCAGAAACGAAGCAGACGAACAAAUGGAACAUUUACGGAAAGUACUAACUCUUCAAACUACUUUGUCGGUGUCGCGUGGACAAAACGUCCCAGAUGUCAUAAAUCAACAGCUUAAAAAUAGUCGCAAAGUUAUGUCAGAAAUAGCUGGAACAAAUAUUGUGGAGACAUACAUAAAGCGUUUAAAACAUCUCACGUCCGCCUCGGCACGAGACGCUCUGCGCGUGGAGAAGUUCCUGAGAGAGGCGUUCUCGUUGUGUUGGUUGAUGAGCAUACAGGAUCCACCUGUUGUGUUUGACCGCCUUCAAAAGCAUGGCGAAGAGUUCAACGCGGAGUUAUAUCGGCCCUACACACAGGCAGGUGCGCUGGUUGACUUUCAAGUCUUACCGACCAUGUUUCUGAACGAGGGUGGACCCGUCCUGUACAAAGGUGUGGCCCAGGGGUACAGUCUCACUAAUGAAUAAGCAACACGUAAAUGUUCGCGCGUAUUUGCGUACGUGUGUGCGUGUUGGGGUUGCUAGCGCUUGUGAGUGCAUGCGAUUGUCCGUUCGAGUUUGUCCGGACUGUAAUUGAAAAAUACCUUUAUGUAUUUAACAUGAAUAUUCUUCUUCAUUAUUAACAUAAACAGGGCUCUCUUCAUUUUGCAUCAAUAUUUUAAAAGAUAAAUUUUUCUGGUAGUUUUAGUCGAUAUCAAAUUGGUAUGUGAUGUUUAUACCGUUGUGUAUUACAUCGUCAUUUAAGUUAGAUUUUAAUUUGCAUGCCCGUUUUCUAUAAAUGUAUCAUAUUAAAACUAGAAAGUUUAAUGUGUGUUUCUCGAACAAAAACCAAAAUGUUAAAAAGUGUUCGCAUUUGUUGUGAACAGCGUGGGCGAUAAGAGGUGAAUCAACCAUUCCGUCUUUUGUACAUAUAACAUCUUCCGGUAAAAAUAUGUAAUUUGAUUUCUAAAUAAUUUCACAGAACUAUUUAUUUGGUGUCAUUUCGGAUAAUUCUUAUUAAAAAUUACGAAACAAAUCAGGAUGGCAUUUUACAGAAUGGUCCUUAACUGCACCAACAAAAGUGUAUACGUUAAAAUAUGGUAAUAUAUUUUUGUACAGUUUAAAAACAAAUUAUAUGGCAGUUAACUUUGAAACUAUUUUACAUGAAGUUCACACACAUUUUUACAUGUUUCUCUUUCAAAUCACUAU